UAUAAGGUAGUCACUCGUGUGUUUAACGGCGAUGUUUCGUUUAAUUGUGUUAAGUUUAUUUUUACAUUCUUUCGGCUCGUGCUAUCCGAAUCUAUUUGAAACAAAGCACUUCAAAGUCGGAAUUGAAUAUGAUCGGUCUCUACCAAUGAGCGGAGGUUCAGACCGAUACAGGCAUAGAAAUAACUACGACCCUUUCUUCGUUACCGUCACAGCUUCUGCGAAGAAAGGCUACGUGAUGUCGUAUUUAGAAGUGUCAGCGACAACAGAUGCAUUAGCGGAGGUGAACUUCGAGCUGAUCCGAGGAAAAACCGGCGCUAGGAAUAUGGUCUUCCAGCUGGUCUCCAACCACAGCGACUUCCUGGCGUACUCCUAUAUGGCUUACGGCAUCCGGGAGGAAGAGUACAAAAAGGUCACAAACAUGGUAUCCCUGCCGAUACAGAACCACAGCUAUGCAACAAGAUUCAAUUGUUAUGUGCUUUUAUUAAAUUUUAUGUUUUUUAAGUUAAUUAUGUAGUAAAUGUUUAAUAAAACAACGUUUGUUUCAUUAUUA